AUGUCAGUCGGUAUUCUUUUCAUUACUAAUGUAAAUCCAUCAAUGUUAUCGACUCCUUUUGCCAGUAUCAAUGACGUCAGCUAUUUUACAAUGGAAAAAGAAAUUUUAUUUUCGAUGCAGAUUAUUUUUCGUAUUAAUGAUAUAAAACCAAGUGGCACCAGCCAUCGACUCUGGUACAUCCAUCUUACACUGACAAGUGAUGGUGAUCAACAACUCAAUAGUUUAAUUGAAUGCAUUCGAGUAGAAAUUCAAGGACCAUCAGCAUUGUAUCGAUUAGGUACAUUGAUGGAUUAUUCAAAAGCACUCGAAAUUUACAAGAAAACUCUUUCAAAUGAUCAUCCAAAUGUGGCCACUUGUUGCAACAGUAUCGGUUUGACAUAUAAUAGUAUGGGCGAUUAUGUGAAAGCACUCUCAUUUUGCAAAACAGCACUUGCAAUCUUUGUUAAAAAUCUUCCACCAAUUCAUCCAUUAUUGGCUACUUCAUAUAAUAAUAUUGGUUUAGUAUAUGCAAACAUGAAAAACUAUUCGGAAGCAGUUGCUUCGUAUAAACGUGCAGUUGAAAUUGGACAAUAA